CACCUUUUAUACAUUUUUCGGAUGUUUCACACAAUUUUGUUUGAGUAAGGGCAGAGGAAUACCCCAAAGAGCAAGCUUAACCUCAGCGAAAAUACAACUCUGCGUGUUUCAUUCCACCAUUCCAUUAUUUCUACAAAGCACGGCACUAACGGAAUUUAUUUCGAGACGUGACGCGGGAAACAAGGCGAAAUUCGCGAAAUUUCGUGGCAGACGGACUGGAUCACUCCCGAAAUGAACAAGAUAAUCCAGGACAAGUUUAUCCCGCAGCAAUUGCUGUACUUUAUAGCCGGCAGGCGCUGCUGCCAGCAGUUUCCGUGCACAUUCCGAUCGAGCGAGCAUGAAGCCUUCGCCAAUCGCGCCCGCUCCUUGGGCCUGCGAUCGCAGAUUGUCCACAGCAAUGGGAACAGCUGCGUUAAGAUCUACAAGCAGGCAUGUCGCCACUACCUGGAGGAGCCCAAAAAACUCACUAUGUCCCCGACGGCCACGCUGGACAUGUUUACGCUGCUGGGCAGAAAGUCCUUCAUGGGCAAGGACGAUCUGGAGCUGGUCGCAGACAUGAUCUCCCGAAAGGCCAGUGCGUCUGACUUGCCGUUACUGCACCUUCCGCUGGCCGCCAUCCGUCCACCGAAUCCCCGCCUCUGGACGGAGGCACAGCGUAACUUCCUGACCACCUUUCCGGGUCACCAGCUGCGCGCCGAGAUCAUGUGGCCAUUGUACGCCAAUCGGGUGAUUAUUCUCAACGCCGAUCUUUCCUGGGACAAGACCGUAUUCCUGCCACUGCUCAUACUGGAUGACUGCCAGAUCAAGAAAUCCAAAGCCAGGAUCAUCUGCAUCGAAAGGCAUGCUAUUGUGGCCACCUACAACAGCCAGCGGAUGGCCAACUUCUUUGGGGAGCAGCUGGGCGAGACGGUGGGCAUCCAAUUGCCCCACUUUAGCGCUGUCAGUUGCAACACCUACAUUAUCUUCACGACGGCUCAGUACUUCCUGCGUUCCCUGCCCAAUCAGCGGUUCCGCAACAUCAGUCACCUGGUGGUGAAUGAUGUGCAUCUGCAUGAUCCCUACACCGAUCUGUUGCUGACCGAGAUUCGCCUCGCCUUGAAUAGCCACCCAAACCUACGGAUUAUUCUGCUCUCGCAGAUGGACUCUACCAGGAUGUUCACUGGCUUUUUUGGCGAGGGAUCGGAAAUAAAUAUGAUGAUGCAACCGGAGACGGGACCACGCAUUUCCUACCUGAACGACCUGCACAGCUGCAUUGCCCUGGCCGGGAUACACAAGGGUCCGGACAUUUACAAGGAGAUUCCAGAGACUUCUGGCGCAGAGAGCCAGCGCAACGAGCAGAUGGAUCAGUGCCUGCACGCCUACGGAGAGUUGGGCACGGAUGCGGCCAUACGUCCUUUUCUGUAUGCCGUGAACUAUGACCUGGUUCCGGUAAACUACCGCCACUCUCUGAAUGGCAAGACGGCUGUCCACCUUGCCUCCGAGCUGAACAAGCCCGAUCAUCUUCGGUUGCUCCUCUUCAUGGGCGCCGAUCCUUACAUUGUCGAUCUGUACCAGCAGAAUGCCAUCACGCUGGCGGCCAUGAAUGGCAACCACGAGUGCAUAGAUGUCCUGAACAACUACAGCCUGCAUGGUUAUGUGGUGAAAAGCGCCAAGCCGGAUUUCGUGGACUAUGAUCUUAUAAUAGACAUCGUGUAUCUGUUGCGCACCAAACCGGAGUAUCCGCCAGGCAACAUCCUCAUCAUUUUGCCCACCUAUUAUCAUAUUGUCAAGCUAAACUAUAUGAUCCUGAGUCACUGCCUAACUGGCAACCUGCAGGAGUGCUCCAUAUUCCUGUUGCACGAGAACAUGCGGAAGGAAUACAUUGACGCCUUGGUCAAUGCACGCGAUGACACCGUGAAGAUUGUUUUGACUACGGAUAUAAUUGAAUCGCUCUCGCUGAAUGUGUCCUUCAAAUAUGAAAUAGACACCGCCUGCCAGCUGACCAAUAUUUAUGACAGCAUCAGCUGUAGCGGGGAGGAUCGAUACGAGUGGGUGGCCAAGGAUUGCUUCCUGCGAAGGGAAUCUCUCCUUGAUCUCGAGGGUGGGGAUGCACAAUGCUUUCGUUUGAUUAACAAGGAAGCCUACGAAGAGCUUGAGGAGACAAGUCAGCCACGGCUGCAAACCAUGCAGCUGGACAAGAUCUGCCUGACGGUUAAAUUACUUGCGCCCGCCAUGAUUAUAAGCGAGUAUAUGGGCUUCACCAUCUCACCACCGCCGCUGGUCAACGUGCACCAUGCCGUGCAGUACCUUAAGAAAAUAGACGUCCUAGAUGAGGCCGAAGAUGUGACCUGGCUGGGCUGUCGGCUGGCCGACAUUCCAGUUCCGUGCCAACUCGGCCGAAUGGUGAUCUUCGGCAUCCUAUUGCGCUGCCUGGAUCCAAUGCUUACCAUAGUGAGCUCUAUGUUGACGGCGGAUCCACUGGGUCUUCCGUUCACCGAGGACGUCGACCACUUGUGGGACAGAUUCACCAUCUACAUACAGAAUCGCAUCAAGAACGAGCGGGCUCGCCUGGCCGACAAUCAGUUCUCCGAUCACUUCAUCUUUCUGCGCCUCUUUCAGGAGUGGCAACAUCGACUGCAUAACAAGAUACCGCCGAUGUACCUUACGGAUGAAUAUAAUUUUGUCCUGAACGGGCUGAUGGAACAGCUUAGCUGCAUUCGUUCUGAAAUUGUCAGCUCCUUGCGGUCGUCGAACUUGAUCCAUAGUCGUGGUAAGCUGAGUAUGCCGAUUCUUAACCAGAUGUCCGGAAGUUGGCACAUGGUCAAGGCGGCCCUGACAGCUGGGAUGUAUCCCAAUAUCUGUGCUGUAGAUGUGGGAAAAAACUGUUUGAAAUCAGCCAAUUCCGGAAAUGUUCACCUGCAUCCCAACACAGUGCUACGCGACUUUUUGGAGCCCUUGGAAGUUUCCACUCUGAACUUUCGCACACCCUGGAUUGUGUGCAACAAGCAGAAGAACGAUAUCAUUUACGCCACCAUGGUGGUUCCCCUUACAGUUGCCUUGUUUUGCGGUCCUCCGCGAAUGCGCCUUUCUCAAAUAUGCGACAGCCAAUUGACUGCGAGCGAUCGCAACGUUCAUAUGUUCAUAGAUGAAUGGAUUUGGAUGGUGAUGAGCAAGCCAUCUGCGGAGAUGAUCAUGAAAACGCGUCAGUAUUUCUUUAGGAUGUACAACCAAGUGUUAAGGCACUGCAGCGACCAGGAGAUGUGGCGCCGCGAUGCCUCGGUGGGUUGCCAUUACGCCGUCCUGACUGAAACCCUAUCGAAGAUUUUGGAGAGCGAGGAAUCUGCCGCCGGUUUUGCAAAGUUUCCACCCAUCAGCUUUCUGCCAUCUACUCAGCUGCCAGCCUUGUAUCUCCUAAGCGUCAAUGCCAACUUCAGUUGGGCACGAGAACUGGAAGAGAACCUGGAAUUGCAACAAAAGCCGCAGCCAUUCAAUUCGCAUUUCAUCGAGAGACAGUUCUUCCUGCUUUACUCGGAGGGCGAGUGCGAGGAGUUCCAAAAGAAUAGCUCACCGGCUUUUAUUGAAAGUGUUCUCGGUAAAUUUGCCAGACCCAUCGAGUCGCCCAACCGACAUAUCUUUGUGAUCCUGUACAGAAAGGAUCCAGAUGUAAUGCUCAGCAUUAGUCGGGCCAAAACCAUUAAUGGAUCGUUCACGUUGAAGGAAUACUAUCGAAACUCCAUACCGGUGUUUGAGAUUUUAGAGGCUUGUGUGUCGUUAAAUGUUAACGUGCCUGUAUUUGAUGGUCGCUUAAUGUCUUGUCUAAUUGACAAACGUGUCGGAAACUUAAUUAUGGAUCUGUUUGCCUUCCGACAUCAUUGGAUUCACAAGCGUUAAAGUGUGGUCUUUGUUGAAUAUUUUACUUGUAAGCGCGCAUUAAAAAUCAAAAUAAUUAUGUAUACCCAAACUUCCAUGUUAAAACAAAUAAGAUAAAUUUGUUUGCAC